GCCGUCCUGAGUGGCACAAGAGCUGCUGCUGCAGCCCCUCUGUGCUCUGCUCACAUCCCCAGGGGUGGCCCUGGCACCUCGGGAGAUGAGUUAAAAUGCAGCAUACCACGUGCACGGAGGACAGGAUCCACCACGCGCUGGAGCGGUGCCUGCACGGGCUGGGCAGGGAUGCUGUGGCCAGCAGAUGGGCUGCCGGGCUGUGCCUGAACUGCUGGAGCCUGCAGGAGCUGGUGAGCCGGGACGCUGGUAACUACCUCAUCCUGGUGGAGAAGAUCCUGGGCAAGACCAAGGAGGUGCAGGACAGGUGUGACUACGACCUGGUGACGCCCCUGGCCCUGCUCUUCUACUCGGCCGUGCUCUAUGCUCCUCACCUCCCCCCCGGCUCUGAGCUGCUGCUGAAAGCCGCCAGUGUCUACCACGGCUUCCUGACCUGGCCCGUGCCCUACUGCGACACCUCCCGGGAGCUGCUCACCUUCAUCAGCAACGAGCUCAAGGCGCCAGGGAUCACCUUCCAGAGGCUGGUGAGGACGGAGCAGGGGCUGCCUGUGAAGAACUACCAGAGCUCCACGGUGACGGUGCUGCUGCUGAACCACUCGGAGGUGCAGAGUGAGUUCGUGUCCAUCGCCCGCAGGCUGAGCUCCAGCGAGCCCGCCCAGCACUCCACGCUGCUGCUGCUGCUCCAGCACCUCUACCAGGCCACCUUCGGCACCCGCUGCGACCUGGAUGGGCUGGGCCGCAGCCGGGAGCUGAAGAGUUUUGCAGAGUCUCAGCCCAGCGAGGCCCAGCCCCGCAAGCUGCAGCCCUUCCCCAUUCCCCCCGCCCGCUGCUACACCUACAGUUGGGACCAGGACAACUUUGACAUCCUCAACGAUGUCCUCAGCAAGGAGUGCAGCGUUGCCGAGCCCCUGGCCUCGGAGAACGAGGAGGAGGAUGAGGACGAAGAGGAGGAGGAGGAUGUGGAGACGGACGGCGGCUCCCCGGGGCAGGACUCGCUGCUGGCGCCGCUCUGUGCCCUCCCCGGUGACUCCGUGUACUCCGUGCUGGCCGAGGAGGGCUCCAGGCCCCCGCGGGUGUCCCUGUUCGCCUCCCCCAAGGAGUCCAUCUCGGAGCUGACCGUGGUCUCCAGGAAGUCCCUCAAGUCCUUCGUGUCCGCUGAGCCCCAGGAGGAUGCCCAGGAGCAGCUGCCCAUCCUGGCAGACAUGAUCCUCUACUACUGCCGCUUCGCCUCGCGCCCCGUGCUGCUGCAGCUCUACCAGACCGAGCUCACCUUCAUCGGGGGCGAGAAGAGGACCGAGGUCUUCAUCCACUCCCUGGAGCUGGGGCACUCAGCAGCCACCAGGGCCAUCAAGGCCUCAGGCCCAGGCAGCAAGAGGCUGGGAAUAGAUGGAGACAGGGAAGCAAUCCCACUGACACUACAGAUUGCAUACAGCAAGACAGCUGCCAGUGGCAGGAGUCACUGGAACGACGUGGAGAAGGUCUGCACGUCUGUCAACCUCAGCAAGGCCUGCAGGAGGCACGAGGAGCUCGCCUCCAAGACAGAAUGUCUCAACCUCACCGUGACCGAGGUGGUCAAGAGGCAGAACUCCAAAUCCAAGAAGAGUUUCAAUCAGAUCAGCGUGUCCCAGAUCAAAGUGGACAAGGUCCAGAUCAUCGGGGUCCAGUCCUCCUUCGCCGUGUGCCUGGACCAGGAUGAGCAGAAGAUCCUGCAGAGCGUUACCAGGUGUGAGAUCUCCGUGUGCUACAAGCCCAGGGACUGUGACCCCCUGACACUGAGGGGCUCCCCCGUGGCUCCCCAGGACCCCUCUGAGUUCCAGUCCCUGCUGUGUUUGCCCAUUGCCACCUUCAGCGGGGCACUGCCCUAGAGGAGCCGUGUCCCUGCAGAGCAGACUGUGCCACACCAGCCCAGGCUCAGGAGAAGGAAAGGACACCCAGCCCAGCUUGUCCCCGAGCUCCUGCUGCUGCAGAGUCGCUGUGGGGGCUGAGCUGCUGCUCCAGGCUCCUGCAGUGCUGUCACUGUGGUGUC